GGCGGGAGCGGCUCCCCCGCCUUACGCUGUUGGCGUUGCGUUGCCGUGGCAACCACUGAGGGGCUGCGUGAUGCCGGCGCGGUCCGAGCCCUCACAGAGCCCCCACCUCCGCUGCUGCUGUUGGGAGGAGGUCUACGAAAAGGCUCCGGAAGGCAUUUUAUGAAGCUACAUAGAAGAGCACAUGCAAUACACUUAGUGAUAUUAAAAGAGGUAGAGCAGUUUGGCCUAUUACGGAAUUAUGGUUCGACUAACGACGGACCUAAUUGCUAAAAACGUCAGUCACAAGAAUCGCAAAGAAGAGGACUUCGGACAGUACCUGCGAAAAAUGACUCAUCUGAAUUUAUCAGAUAAAAAUAUAGAUGCAAUUGGUGACAUCUCUUUGUGUAGAAAUCUUAGAGUUCUGUAUUUAUAUGAUAACCGAAUCAGUCAAAUCCAGAACUUGGGCUUUGCUUCAAAUAUAACACACCUUUACCUUCAAAACAAUUGUAUUUCAUGUAUAGAAAAUCUCUCAUCACUGAAAAACCUUGAAAAACUGUAUUUGGGGGGUAACUACAUCACUGUAGUAGAGGGCUUGGAUAAAUUAGAAGAGAUAAGGGAGCUACAUAUUGAAAGUCAACAUCUCCCCCUUGGCGAAAAGCUUCUGUUUGAUCCAAGAUCUCUUAGGUCCUUGGCAAAAUCCUUGUCUGUGUUGAAUAUCAGCAAUAACAACAUUGAUCAAUUAGAAGAGCUGGCAGUUCUGGAAAAUCUUUCUUAUCUUAGAGCAGCUGACAAUCAACUUCAACAUAUGAAGGAUUUGGAGGCUGUAUUAAACAAAUGGCCAAAGCUAUGCAGAAUGGAUCUUACAGGAAACCCCAUCUGCCACAAGCCGAAGUACAGGGACAGGAUUGUUGUACAGUCUCAAACUUUAGAAUUCCUUGAUGGGAAAGAAAUUAAAGAAAUGGAAAGACAGUUCCUAAUGAAUUGGAAAGCCUCCAAAGCUGCCAGGAAAAAAAACAGAGGAAGAAUGACAAAUGAACCUGCAGACUAUCAGCGUUUUUAUCAGUUCCUUUUGAAGACGUGGAGUGAAAAGCACUCAGCCUGUCAGUCUGAGACCCAAGGAAGCUGCAGUCUGCUCAAUGUUUGGAAGCUGUAUGUGAACCACAGUGGUUCUGAAAGUAAUAUUCCGUCUUCUGAAUAUGAGGAGGUGCUGUCAUUGAAGUUACCCCCUUUGAGAUAAUGCUGUUCAUGUUCAUGCUAGUCAUUUUAUGGUAACUGAAAAAGCACUGUGUGAAUUCUCUCUUUGUUGUCAUUGUUCUUUUUGUGAGACUAAAGACAUUUAACUUGUAGGAAUUCUGAUUUAGGUAACUGUUUACUAUUUAUCGCCAUUUCUUGGAUCUGUUGGAUAAAACUGUUCUGCUUUACAUGAUGACCUAGAGAUCUGUAUUAUUCUUUUCAUCUGCUAAGAUGGGUUCACACCCAUGGGGCUUAUAAUGCAGUGAAAGUCAGAAGGCUUUUAUUUCGGUCUUUGCUUUUAUAAUCUCUCAUCAGAGUAAAUAAUUAUUUUACAGGCAGUAAAGCAUAAAUCAGUUGUAUCAGUGUUAAAAGAUAAAAGACUAUUUUGUAUUUGCAAUGUAAUAUUUUAAUGACUGUUAUUUAACUGCAAUUACUUCUGGUUAUUAUUAGAUAAGAUUAAAGAGAAAUGACGAGAAGUAAACUCACUUUUACAAAACUGACUGAAUAUCUGCUUUAAUAUUAAACUUCAUCAAUGUUUGCAGCACUUCCUAUAGUUUCAUAUAAAGUGUUUGUUCUGUUCUCAAUUAUCAAAUUUGAGGCACAGUACUCUAAGUUUUAUUGUUCUGUUUUAUGUAAUAAGAUGUAUUGGAACCUGUGACCAAUCCUACUGAAUAUUAAAAUUGGCUUGGAAUACUGAAUUCAUUCUUUUUUCUUUGG